GGUGGGGAGGGGGGCCAACCGAUCUGCGGCGUGAUCACCAGCAAUCCAAAUUUGACCCUUCAAGGGGCCAGAUUGUUCAACUCGUCCAUACACAAAUUGGCCAGCCCUGGACUGAAGUCUGAGAACGUGGUGUGCAUCACGCCGACGGCGACGAUCGCGCAGCACAGCCCAGAGAAGAGCAACCAACAAUCCCCUCAGGAGGGACAAAUUCACAACGACAAACACGUGUCCAUCCAAACGGGUGCGACGAUCGCCCUCGCGUUCGCCACGCAAUCGGACGUUUCUUUGUUGAACGACGCGUCUCAGCAACAGCAACACCACCACCACCAUCAUCAUCAUCAUCAUCAGCAUCAUCAGCAACAGCAAAAGGACACGAAGGAAGCGUCGACUGAGAUAAUCCCUGGUGCCAAGAUCAUCUCCCCGAAGACGGUGAAAAGAAAAAUGGACGACGCAAUGG